AGGUAACUUUUGUGUCUUUUUCCUAGGGUAAAUGGAAGAACAAGGAGCGAGUGCUGAUAUUCUCCUCUCGUGGAAUCAAUUUCAGAACAAGGCACCUAAUGCAAGACUUAAGAACACUGAUGCCUCACUCUAAAGCAGAUACUAAAAUGGACCGUAAAGACCAGCUAUUUGUAAUUAAUGAGGUGUGUGAAAUGAAAAACUGCAACAAGUGCAUCUUUUUUGAAGCCAAAAAGAAACAGGAUCUCUACAUGUGGCUUUCAAACACACCACAGGGACCAUCAGCUAAAUUCUUGGUGCAGAAUGUUCACACGCUGGCUGAAUUGAAGAUGACGGGAAAUUGCCUAAGGGGCUCACGGCCCCUCUUGUCUUUUGAUCCAAUAUUUGACAAGGAGCCACACUAUGCCCUGCUAAAAGAAUUGUUUAUUCAGAUAUUUAGUACUCCGCAGUAUCACCCCAAAAGUCAGCCUUUUGUGGACCACGUCUUCACCUUCACCGUUACAGAUGAGAGGAUCUGGUUUCGGAAUUACCAGGUUAGUGGUCUCUCUUAGCUGUUGAGAAGGAGCUCGGUGGAGUAAUUUCAU